CGUCCGCGGGGGGCAGCACCUCACCAAACCCAAAAAAAGCAAACUGUUCGUGACUCAAUUACAAUUAAGCCGUAAUUUUGAGUGAUAAGUGCGUAACAAUCAAUUAGACUAUUUGUGUGCCAAUUUCGUGUUAAGUACCCCCAAAAUUAAAAAUUUUGAUUUUGGAAAAAACCAGUCGGUAUGGUAGGUCGCACCAUUGCCAGAAAUUUCUAGGUUAGAAUACCCAGCAAAAAACCAGGCUAGAAUGGCAAAUUUGGGCCGAAUUGCCCUCCAACGUGUUUUUUUGAGCGGCCAAAGGCACCUAACGUGUGCCCCUAUCGUUUCUUUGCGCCCCAUUCGUAAAAAAACAGGAGCUGCGUUUUUUGUCCGUUGUACGAGCACAAGCCCCAAUGCGAGUAAAGCGUCUGAUGAGGAGCACCACUCGAUUAUCAAAGACACGGAAAAGCCGAAAGGCGAGCCCACCAAGCACGAAUUCCAGGCCGAGACUAGAAUGUUGCUUGAUAUAGUGGCAAGAUCGCUGUAUUCCGACAAGGAGGUGUUUGUCAGGGAGCUGAUUUCGAACGCGAGUGACGCGUUAGAGAAGUUUAGGUAUCUGACGGUGUCGGACCGUGAGGGCCUGCGGGACCCCAACCGGGUCCUGGAAAUCCACAUUUCGACCGAUAAGCAGGCCCGGACUUUGACGAUUCAAGACACCGGGAUUGGCAUGUCGAAGGAGGAGCUGAUCGCGAAUUUGGGCGUCAUUGCACGGUCGGGCUCCAAAGCCUUUAUCGAGCAACUCAAGUCGAAGGAACUGACCUCCGACAGUAGCAACAACAUUAUCGGGCAGUUCGGUGUGGGUUUUUACAGCGUUUUCAUGGUGGCUGAUAGGGUGGAUGUCUACACGCGGUCCUCGAUGGAGGACCAGGGCUACAAAUGGAGCUCUGACGGCACAGGCUCGUACCAGAUCCAGGACGCUGAGGGGGUGCAGUGCGGCACGAAAAUCGUGCUGCAUUUGAAAACCGACUGUCGCGAGUUUUGCGACGAAACUACCGUCGAAAAUGUCAUAAAUAAGUACAGCAAUUUCAUCGGAAGUCCCAUUUAUUUGAACGGGAAAAAAGCGAAUAUCGUGCAACCAGUGUGGUUGUCUGAGCCUAAAAGUGUGACGGUGCAACAGCACAACGAGUUCUAUCGCUUCAUAAGUGGGAGUUAUGACGUCCCGAGAUAUAUACUACAUUACAAAACGGAUGUCCCAUUGUCCAUUCAUGCCUUGUUGUAUUUUCCCGAGGGAAAGCCAGGGCUGUUUGAGAUGUCGCGUGAGGUGGAGUCGGGGGUCGCCCUCUAUACGAGAAAGGUUUUGAUUAAAAAUAAAACUGAUAAUAUUCUCCCCAAGUGGCUAAGAUUCGUUAAGGGGGUCGUUGAUUCUGAAGACAUUCCGUUGAAUCUUAGCCGCGAGUUGCUGCAAAACAGCGCACUUAUUAGAAAACUCCGAGACGUCCUGACUAGCCGUGUCGUGAAGUUCCUGCUAGACCAACUUAACAAAAAACCAGACGAAUACGAGAAGUUUUACGCCGACUAUGGCCUUUUCAUCAAAGAGGGCAUCAUAACAAACCCCAUCCAAACCGAGAAAGAAGAUUGCGCCAAAUUGCUCCUGUUUGAAUCCUCGCACAAGAAACAAGGCGAAAAAGUCUCCCUUAGCGAAUACACGGAACGGGCUAAAGACUCCCGCACGAUUUUUUACCUCGCCGCCCCCAGUCGGAGCUUGGCUGAAGCUUCCCCUUAUUACGAAUCGCUCAAAAGCAAGCAACAGGAAGUUUUGUUCUGUUACGAGCCCUACGACGAGCUCGUCCUAAUGCAGUUGCAGCAGUUCAAGGGCUUUAAAUUGGUUUCGGUGGAGAAGGACAUGAGGGAUGAUAAGGCGGCCAAUGAUCUCAGUAAUUUAGGUGAGGACAGUUUGAAGCGUAGCGAAGUGAACGAGUUGUCCGAAUGGAUCAAGAGUAAGCUCUCGGGGAAGGCAGUUGAUGUGAACGCGACCACGAGACUUGAAAACCACCCCUGUGUGGUGACAGUCGAGGAAAUGGCAGCUGCGAGACACUUCAUAAGGACGCAGAGCCACCAGUUGUCGGAAGACAGGCGCUACGCGAUUUUGCAACCCAAGUUCGAGAUUAACCCAAGGCAUCCAAUUAUCAAAAAGCUGCACAAAUUAAUGACAAGUGAUCCACACUUGGCUGAACUUUUGGCUAAUCAGUUAUUUGCCAAUUCUAUGGUGGGCGCUGGCCUGGUGGAGGACCCCCGAGUACUACUGACGUCCAUGAAUGCGCUUUUGACCAAGGCAUUAGAGAAGCAUUGAGUCGCAUUCCUGUUUUUUGUAUUCAGUGUUAAAUAAAUCGAGUAAAUAAGCUUGCUGAUUGAGGCGGAAUGACGCACGGUCUUAUCGAAUGAUCGAUUUUUCAAUCAAACAAUGAUUUUAGGGACACAUUAAGUUGAAAUACUAGCUACAAAGGUGAAUAAGCUCUUGCUUUUAUUUGAUAGCAAGCUUAAAACACUGAACAACUUUUUAAUAAAAUUUCUAAACUGUA